GAUCCUUUUCGAGGCCUGUUGCAAAAUUCCCAAAAUUUGUAGGGAAACACACAUUCGCACGCCUCUCAUAUAAACUACUCUUCUCAAACACACAGUCGUACCAACGAGGAAUUCCCUUUCAAUUCAGAAUCAAUUCAUUCAACAAUUUGUGUAUAUAUAUAUCGCCGCGAUUCAAUCCUACACGAAUUAAUCAUCUACGUAUUUUGCUGUUCGACAAUGGAGGCCGCUGCAGACGAUUUUCAAACGGAAGGAGCUGCGGCGCCACCGCCACCGCCACCACCUGAACCGAUUCCCCCGGUGGAAGAGGAUGACGAAGACGAGGAAUAUGAAGAGGAAGAAGAGGAGGAGGAGGAUGACGAAGAAGAAACGAAUAACGAAGACGAAAUUCUGAUAGCGAAAGCUCAGGGACUGAUAGACAAGAUCACCGCCUCUCCUGAUAACCCUAAGCCCAUAUGUCUUCAUGCCCUAGCCUCCAUUCUCGAAACCCAAGAAGCCAGGUACAUGGAGGAAACUGGGCAUUCCUCUUUAAACAAUGGUCGUGCUUCCUAUAACAUCGGGCGUUUGGGAAACUUACUCAGGGAUAAUGAUGAAUUCUUUGAAUUGAUAUCUGUAAAGUUUCUAUCCGAAACUCGAUAUCCAAUAUCUGUUCAGGCAGCUGCUCUAAGACUUCUCUUCAGUUGCUCACUCACUUGGAUGUAUCCACAUGUUUUUGAAGAAACCGUUUUGGAGCACAUAAAACAAUGGGUCAUGGAUGGGUCAACAAGGUCUUCUUCUGAAGAUCACAAGGGCAAAAACGGGUCUAGUGUAAAACAAUCAUCCGAUUCUGAAAUGUUAAAAACCUAUUCUACUGGACUUCUUGCUGUAUGCUUAGCUGGUGGAGGUCAAGUUGUGGAAGAUGUUCUCACAUCCGGAUUAUCCGCCAAACUUAUGCGGUAUCUUCGCAUACGCGUAUUAGGGGAGGCAAGUACAAGUCAAAAGGAGUCAAACUUUUUAUUAGACAACAAAAAUUCUUCAGCUGCUGCUAUUAGAUCAAGGAGGCAUGCUUCCGAGACAUCUCUAGAACCUUCUAGAAUCCCAGAGGAGGGAAUCACAGACGACAGGUGGACAGAACCAGAUGGUUUAGAAGAAGAUAACGAAACUCAUGAUGGGAAGACAAGGGUAAAUGACCGAAGUAACCCUGGAAAGAAUCGAGGAUUGUUAAGGUCUAGAGGGAAAGGCAGAGUGAAUGAAGGUGGUGUGGAGAAUGAACAUGCUCUUAAUUCUCCAGGGUCUGGAAUUAGAUUAGGGGGACAAGGACAGGGGCAGGGGCAAGGAAGGAAUUUUAGGGACAAAAGUUUGGUAAAGAGUGUGGAGUUAAAACGUGUGGCUGAUUCUAAAAAGUUGUCUGGAAGGGUAGGUGGUGAUCUUAUGAUUGUUGAAAGAGAUGAUAGUGAUGACUGUUUUCAAGAUUGUAAAGUUGGAUCAAAGGAUAUUUUUGAGAUUGUUAAAAUGGCUGUAAGAGCUGCUGAAGCUGAAGCUAGAACAGCAAAUGCUUCUCUGGAAGCCAUUAAAGCUGCUGGUGAUGCUGCUGCUGAACUUGUUAAAACUGCAGCUUUGGAGGAGUUUAAAAAGUCAAACAAUGAAGAUGCUGCAGUUCUAUCUGCAUCGCAAGCUGCCUCUACAGUUGUGGAUGCAGCUAACGCUACUGAAGUUUGUAGGAACCAUAACACAGGUGUGAGUGAGUCAGCUAAUUCAAAAGAUCCAGAACCUGAAACCAAUGAGGAAACUGAAGAGUUUUUCAUUCCUGAUGCUGAAUCCUUAGCAAAACUAAGGGAAAAAUUCUGUAUUCAGUGUCUUGAAAUUUUAGGAGAAUAUAUUGAGGUUCUUGGCCCUGUGUUACAUGAAAAAGGAGUAGAUGUUUGUCUUGCAUUGUUGCAAAGAAAUUCUGAUCUUAAAGAGCCAUCACAGAUUGCAGUUCUUUUGCCUGAUGUGUUGAAAUUGAUCUGUGCUUUGGCUGCACAUCGGAAAUUUGCUGCAUUGUUUGUGGAUCGUGGUGGUAUACAAAAACUUCUUGCACUUCCGAGAACGCCCCUCACAUUUUCUGGCCUCUCUUCUUGUCUAUUUGCAAUUGGUUCACUUCAGGGAAUAAUGGAGCGUGUAUGUGCUCUUCCUUCAGAAGUCAUCCACCAACUAAUCUCACUAGCACUCCAACUCCAGGAAUGCCCACAAGACCAAGCAAGAAAAAACUCCGCCUUAUUUUUCGCCUCUGCCUUCGUUUUCCGAGCCGUAAUCGAUGCAUUCGACAACCAAGACGGCCUCCAAAAGCUUCUAAACCUCUUAGGCGAAGCCGCAUCCGUAAGAUCCGGCGCCACAUCAGCAUCCGUGGGCCCCUCCGCUACAAACCCACUGCGGACCCCACCGGAAGUGCUGACAUCAUCAGAAAAACAAAUCGCUUACCACACAACUGUUGCGUUACGCCAGUAUUUUAGGGCGCACCUUUUGUUGCAGGUGGACUCGAUUCGGCCUAAUAAGAAUCUUAAAAGUGCUCCACGGAAUAUUCCCAGCUCUAGGGCGGCUUAUAAGCCACUUGAUAUUAGUAAUGAGGCUAUCGAUGCGGUGUUUCGUCAGAUACAGAAGGAUCGAAAGCUUGGGCCCGCGUUUGUCAGAGCCAAUUGGCCUGCUGUUGAAAAGUUUGUCAAUUGUAAUGGGCAUACUACCAUGUUGGAAUUGUGUCAGGCACCACCUGUUGAGAGAUAUUUGCAUGAUUUGCUUCAAUAUGCAUUGGGUAUCCUGCAUAUUGUUACAUUGGUUCCUAAUAGUCGGAGAAUGGUAGUGAAUGCUACUCUGAGUAAUGAUCGUUUAGGUAUAGCGGUUAUUCUUGAUGCAGCAAAUGGUGCUGGUUUUGUUGAUCCUGAGAUUAUUCAGCCAGCACUAAAUGUUUUGGUGAAUCUUGUCUGCCCUCCACCAUCAAUCAGUAUGAAGCCAACAAUGCCAGGAGGACAAGGACAGAUGUCAUCCACCCAACCAUCAAGUUCAAACCCUCCUUCCACAUCAGAGCCAGCUGUCAACCUGAAUGGAGAAUCCACCGGGGGGCAGGCGACACCUGGCGCCUGCUCUGGACUAGUUGGUGACCGGAGAAUCUCAUUAGGCGCCAAACAAGGCGGUCCUUCUUCCGGGCUUGCUGCACAGAUGGAACAAGGGUACCGCCAAGCAAGAGAGGUGGUUCGAGCCAAUAACGGUAUCAAAGUUCUGCUUCAGCUCCUCCAGCCACGGAUUAUCACACCAUCUACCGCCCUUGACUGCCUUCGUGCUCUCGCCUGCAGAGUUUUGCUUGGUUUAGCAAGAGAUGAUACCAUUGCUCACAUUUUAACAAAACUUCAGGUUGGGAAAAAGUUAUCAGAGCUUAUUAGGGAUUCGGGUAGCCAGAUGCCAAGUGGCGAACAGGGAAGGUGGCAGACAGAACUAUCUCAGGUUGCAAUUGAGCUGAUGGCGAUUGUUACAAAUUCAGGGAGAGCAAGUACAUUGGCUGCUACUGAUGCUGCUACUCCUACUCUGAGGAGAAUUGAGAGAGCUGCUAUAGCUGCUGCUACUCCUAUUACUUAUCACUCUAGGGAGCUUUUACUGCUGAUUCAUGAGCACCUACAAGCAUCUGGUUUAUCGACAACCGCAGCUCAACUUCUAAAAGAAGCUCAAUUAACACCUUUACAAUCAUUAGCCGCCCCUUCAUCUCUCGCAUACCAAACCUCCGGUCAAGAAACCGCAUCACUACAAAUCCAAUGGCCCUCCGGCCGCUCCUCUUCCGGCUUUCUCACUAAAGAAAAAUCCAAACCACAAGACGAUCUAAACCACUCAUCUUUCUCCUCAAAAAGACGACCUUUAGUUUUAUUAUCCCCAACAACCGCCAAAACCACCAACUCCUCAAAAAAACCACCCAUACCUCCGACAUCAGAACCUCCCGCCACCUCAGAAGUGGAUAAUUCUGAUUGUAUCCUCAAAACCCCAAUCAUAUUACCCCUGAAACGGAAGCUCACCGAGUUGCGUGACUUUGGACCAUCAUCAUCGAGCAAAAGACUCAACACCAGCGACCUUGGAUUCCGGUCUCCGGUGGGUCCCACACCUACUACCAACCGGAAAAACACUUUACUAGGUGACACUCCGUUCUCCUCUAGAACACCGGGAACCGUUGUAUCUGACAAUUUAGAUGAUAAUAACGCACACAGCCACGGGAUUGCUGACACGCAAGCGAAUCCCGAGCGGUUAACCUUGGAUUCAAUCGUGGUUAAUUAUUUAAAACACCAACACCGCCAGUGCCCAGCUCCGAUCACCACCCUACCGCCGCUCUCUCUCCUCCACCCACACGUCUGUCCCGAAUCAAAACGCAGCCUCGACGCACCAUCAAACAUCACCGCCCGCCUCAACACCCGUGAAUUCAGAAACAUGUAUGGCGGCAUCCAUGGCAGCCGCCGCGACCGCCAGUUCGUGUACAGUAGAUUCCGGCCAUGGCGCACAUGUAGAGACGACACUGGCGUGUUACUCACCUGCAUCACAUUCCUUGGCGACUCCUCCCAAAUUGCCGCCGGUAGCCACUCCGGUGAACUCAAAGUCUUUGAUUCAAACACCAACAACAUGCUCGAAAGCAGCCCUGGCCACCAGUUCCCGUUAACCAUGGUUAAAUCUUUCAUCUCCGGGGACACACAGUUACUUCUCUCUUCAAGCUCACAUGAUGUGAGAUUGUGGGACGCGCCCUCAGUGUCUGCGGGACCCAAAUACUCGUUUGAUGGGAUUAAGGCUGCGACAUUUAGUCAUUGUGGGACGAUGUUUGCGGCUUUGUCUUCUGAGUUAUCAAGACGCGAGAUUUUGUUGUACGAUGUUCAAACGUGUAAAUCUGAUUUGAAACUUACGGAUCCAUCUUCUAAUGCUUCAAGUAAAGGACACGCUUAUUCUCAGGUUCAUUUUAGUCCUUCGGAUAUUAUGCUUCUGUGGAAUGGCGUGUUGUGGGACCGGAGAGUUCCGGGCCCCGUUCACCGGUUCGACCAGUUUACCGAUUAUGGUGGUGGUGGAUUUCAUCCUGCUGGAAACGAGGUAAUUAUAAAUUCAGAAGUGUGGGAUCUACGAAACUUCAGGCUUCUUCGGAGUGUCCCAUCUUUAGAUCAAACAGUAAUCACAUUCAACGCAAGUGGCGAUGUCAUAUACGCAAUCCUAAGAAGAAAUCUAGAAGAAGUGACAUCAGCGUUCCAAACUCGCCGAGUCAAACAUCCUCUGUUUUCCGCUUUCCGAACAAUCGACGCAGUCAACUACUCAGAUGUCGCCACCUGUCCUGUCGACCGAUGCGUUCUUGAUUUCGCUACCGAACCGACUGAUUCCUUUGUCGGUCUUGUCACGAUGGACGAUCAGGAUGAGAUGUAUUCGUCUGCCCGGGUUUAUGAAAUCGGGCGGCGGAAACCGACCGAUGAUGAUUCCGACCCUGAUGAUGCGGAGAGUGAGGAGGAAGAUGAGGAUGAUGAUGACGAGGAUAUUGAUGAUGAUGCGUUGUUGGCAAAUGAUGAAGAUGGUGAUAUGAGUAAUGAUGAGGAUAGUUUGAGUGAUCUUGAUGAUGAUGAGGAUGGGGAUGAUGAUGAUGACGAUGAUGAUGAUGGGGAUUUUGUGAUGGAUGGGGUGGAUUUUGGUGGUGGUGGGAUAUUUGAGAUUUUGAGUGAGGAUGGAGAGGAAGGGGAUGAUGAAGAUGAUGAUGAGAUGAUUGAGUCUUUGAGUAGUGGAGAUGAGGAUUUUAUUGGAGGAUUUUAAGUUAUAUGAGAGUGAGUGUAUUAUAAAGUUGAUUUUAGGAAAGAAGAACGAAAAGAACAGACUUUUUCUUUAUCUUCAAAGUUUUGAUGAAAUUGGUGGUUUUUAUUCACAAAGGGAGGCAUUGUAUCAGUUAA